GUGAUUUUCUGUUCUUGAAUUUGUUAAGUUGAUAAUUUGGUAAAUUGUUGGGCUGCUGUUGUUUUAAUUUGUCAAAUUGUUAGGUUGCUGCGACUUAAUUUGUUGGAUUUUCUAUUUAGGUCUUGUUCUUGUUUAUUUGCUAAAUUGUUGUUGUGUAUUUAUUGUUUAUUUGCUGGAUAUUGGUGAUCAUUGUCUUUGAGAUUAUUUACUAUGCAGGUUUAGUGUCAUCACUGUUUUGGAAUGUUUUAUAAUGUACUCAUGUUUGUUGCUGUUUUGUAAUUGCUGGUUGCAGGUUUAGUGUGAUUAUUGGUUAAUGUUUUGUAAUGUUUGGUGCUGAAUGCUGAUUGUUGAGUUCAGAUAUGGUUAUUUUGACUUGGGUAAAGAGACUUAGGGGCAUUUUUUCCUGCUUUAUACUGAUUCAGAUGAUUAUUUUCAGAGGAUGAGCACUUAUUUAUGUAUUUUGAGAAACUGUUUUUCUGUGUGUUAUGAACAUUUGGUGAAGCCUGUAUUGUACCUAUUCAAAGCUUAGUUUUACCAGAUGGUCUUCAAAGCAACUCAUCCAAAAUGCUACUGCACAAAUCCAAGUCUAUUGUCUCUAAAAGCCUGUAUGCACCUUCAUUUGGUGAAGCCUUUCUAGCACUAGUCCACUACCAACUUUAUUAUUAAUAAUGUUAUCAAAUUUAUUUAUCCGAGUACUAUGUUUAUUUUUUAGUUGGAUUUAUGAUAAUUCAUUUGAUAUUCUUCCUAUUUUUAUCAGAUAUUUCUUUUAACAUUUUGUGUACUGAUGAAGAAUUGUACUUGUUAUCAUGCUUUCAUUUGGCAAUUUGCAUUUAAUAUAAAAAGGAAAAUCCUAAGAGUAAUUCACCACUCCAUUAGAAAAACUUCAUACUACCUUAUACCCUCAACUUAAUACUUGCAUAUUUAUAAUUUAUUUAUUAUUCUAUUCUAAAUCGGUUUUUCCGGUUGAACCAUCGGUUAGACCGGUUGGACCAGUAAACCAGUGAACCAGUAACUAAAACGGUUUGAUGACCGGUCUGGUUCUCAGAACCUUGGAUUUGGUAGUGAUUUGAAUUUUUUCAUAGACUGAAUUAAAGUUACAAUAGUUAUGUUCUCUUCUCUAUCACAUUAAUAUUAAGCUUUGAAUUCUCUUAUUUCGUUUUAAUUUUACCGCACUCAACAUGUUUGAUGAAAUGCUUUAACCAUAUUUCUGGUUGGUUUUAUAAUUUCUAGCUUUUAGAAACUUAGUAAGUUGAUUUCAUGUGAAAUUAGAAUAAUUGGAUCUUAGUAAUUAGGAAAUUUUAGCUGCACAAAUAGCAUCUUUGCAGAAAAUAUAUUUGCAUGAUGAUUCCACUUGCAUUAGUGUUCUUCUGGUAAAUUUUAACUGUUAUUGUGAACUUGUUAAUUUGCUAAUUGUUCUUUGUUGUUGUUCUGUUGUUCUUCUGUUGCUUUUAAUUUUUUUGUUUUUGUUGUGAUUUUCUGUUCAUGAACUUGUGAAGUUGAUAAUUUGCUAAAUUGUUGGGCUGCUCUUGUUUUAAUUUGCUAAAUUGUUAGGUUGCUGCAAUUUAAUUUGUUGGAUUUUCUAUUUAGGUCUUGUUCUUGUUUAUUUGCUAAAUUGUUGUUGUGUAUUUAUUGUUGUCUUUGAGAUUAUUGCUGGAUAUUGGUGAUCAUUGAUUUAUUAUAUGCUUCAUGGUUCCAUUGUUUUCUUCUCAAGGAAAAAAAAUUCUGUUUUCAUUGUUUUGUUGAUUGUUUGUUUUGUUUCAGAAAUCAAUUUCUCGUGAUCAAUGCUCAAACUCUGAAUGUUGUUUUGCUGUUUUUGUUUUGUUUCAGAAAUUAAUUUCUUGUGAUCAAUGCUCAAACUCUGAAUGUUAUUCUGUUUUGUUUUAAGGUUGUGUUUGGAAGAGGUGAUGAUUUCUGAGUGUUGUUUUGUUUUUGUUUCAAGGCUGUGUUGUGUUCAAUUUUCAUUUUGUAGAAAAUUCUGAGGUAUAUAAGAAUUAAGAAGGAAACUAUUUCAAUGGUAUUACUCUGUUGAUUCUGGUCUGCUACAAGCUUGAACAUAGAAUUGAAGAGAGAAACCCUCUAUUAUUUCAUCAUUGGCCUAUUUUUGGCAUUGUAUAUCAUUGUAGUUUGUUUAUUUAUAGAACUAGUUGUUUAUGAUCCCCUUUUGAAGUAAAAAAAUGCAGUAGAAGAGUGUUUAGAACUAGUUGCUCUAUUCACUAAAUUUUUAUAGAAUCAGGUGUUUAUUAUAAAAUGGUUUUUUCUGUUAAACCAUGGUUGAACUGGUUGAAUCACGGUUGAACCAAUGAACUAGUAAACCAGUAACUAGAACGGUUCAAUGAUCGGUUCAAUUUUCAGAACCUUGGUAAAACAAGCUACGAGCUUACUACCCUGAUACCCUGCCUCUGUGAGUUGAGUUUUGCUUUGAAUCUUUUGAAUUUGUUGCAAACGGAAUAGCAGAUAUAGCUUCGAAGUGAUAACUGAAGAUGACAGUCAAAUGGAUUCUUCACUGGACUCCAACCCAAGGAUCUGUCGUCAAUAGCCAAAUCCUGAACGAGAUUUCGCAGUGCGUCGAGAGCUUCAACGCCGUCAAAGACGGAAGGUGGAAGGCUACCCUCACUUUCUACAGACCCAAUUUGCGAGACCCAACGAUUCCCAGCGAAUUCCCGCGUGAUUUUCUGGGGAUUUCGCUUUUGGAGCAGCCCAACAAAUACUACUUCAUAAUUCGCGGUAACAAAAUAAUCCUUGAGGCUGAUUCUACUAUCUUGACUAUAAUGGAGAAAUUGCAGUCUUAUAAAUCCAAAGUUGCUCUUAAUUUCGAGGGAGUGCAGUAUAAAAUGGGUGACUUUCAGAUGAAGGUGGUCAAAGUUGUUCCCAAUCAAGGUGAAAGUCUCAGAGGAAUUUUGAUUGAGAUUGAGUAUCUCCCUAUCUCAUCAAUCGAAAAAGCCAAGCCAAUUAUGGAAGAAUUUCUUGAGCUGUGGCGAGAAGUCAUGUCUAAAAAAUCAUUACCAGGGCAUUUCUCGCAAGCAGAACCACAUUUUGCAGAGUAUAAGCUUCCCGACAAUUAUACCUCACAACAUACAGCUAUCCAGUAUGCUGCUGCGUUAGCCCAACUAAUUGCAUCAGCACAGUUAAGGGGCUAGGAGGAUUCCUAGGUAUCUGUCCUCAUAUGUUAGUUGAAAGUUGAAAGACUUCAUCUUUCCCUCGAGGAACAGCCAAUUGUUCUAGCCUUGAUUGUAUUUAGCUGGCUAAACUCCGACACCCAGUGGCAGGGUGAUUGGGUUCCACUCAACGAAGGAGACUGUGGUGAUGUUCAUAUUGCUUUGCACUCGUUAAAGGGAACACAUGUUCCACUUCUUUAGCGAACUCAAACCAAAAUGAAAAUAUUGUAACUGUAUGAGUCAUUUUUGUUCUCACUUUUUGUCUGCCAAAUAUUACAGCGAUUGAUCCUUAUCUUAAUAUCUUAUACCUAUUGUUCA